AGAGGCGGGGCCGGGCUCCAUCUCUGCACUCUGGCCCUCCGAAGCUGGCAGGUCCGCCGGCACACACUAAGUGCGCCCAGAAUGCGGGGUGGCCAGGGGCAUAAAUGUGGAAUGAAUGAGGAUGGAAUGAAUGAACGGGUGGACGCAGGAAUGAAGGUGGGAUGGAAGCGUGAAGUGGGAGGCGAGAAGGAACGAGCGUCUCCCUCCGCCCUGCGGGUCUCGGGGCUGGAAAACACGGAGCGGAGACCUGCUGGGGGCUCCCACCCCGCCCUGCCUCUCCCACCGGCCCCCGUCCCCGCAGCGCGCAGCCCGGCGGGGCCCGCGGCGAGCCACAGCCCGCGCAGUAGCCCGGGCUGGCGCUCAGACCCUCGAGCCGAGGCAACGCAGCCUAGGGAGGGGCUGCCCCGGCCCCCUCCCGCAGCCCCGAACCCCAGAGGUCUGGUCUUCCCCGCAGGAAGGUGAAGCUCCCGGUGCCAGGUCCGGGCACCAGCAGCGGAGAACGCCCGGGUCCCGGAGUCAACAGAGGUCUCCGGUGAUCCGCAACCCUCCGGCACCCGGCGGGGGUCUUCCCAGGCCAGCCGGGUGAAGGAGGGGCUGAGUGCGGGAGGAGAGAGAGGCGGGGAGCCGGGCUGGCUGGAUUUAUGAAUGGAGAGCGGCCAGCGCGCCAGAACAGCGGCUCCUGGCGGCCGUCGGGGAGCGUCGCGGCCCCGGGGACCCAAAGGGGACCCCGCAGGGGGCCUGGACGCCCCCAUUGCUCCCAAGAGGUCGUCAGUCCCUCCCCGAACCACCCCCACUGUGUGGGGUGUGUGUGUGUGUGUGUGUGUGUGUGUGUGUGUGUGUGUGCUCGCGCGCUCGCGCGCGCGGGUGCCCACCGGAGGGUCUGGCAAGUCUGGCGGGUGGGGUUUGGGUCUCUAACACCUCCAUUGACCCUGUUUCCCAACCCAAAAUUAAAGCCUGUGAACUGGCUCAAGAAACAUUUGAAAUCGGGAUGGCUUUUCCACCUAAAUCUAUGGUGUUUGGUGGGUUCGGACAGACCUGGCUUAGGAGCUUUGUGACCUUGAGCAAGGGACUCAAUCUCUCUGAGCUUCCCUCUCAUCUGCAAAGCAGCGUACUCUACUAAGAGUAGCUGGAAACAUCCCCCAAACCACCUUCUCGUGCCAGGUUCUUGGUGAGGCAUUUGGCAUGCAUCAGAGCUCAUUACUCCUCAUCUCGGCCCUGUAAGGUAGGUAGGGUUAUCACCCCAUUAGAUCAAUGGGGAAACCGAGGCUGAAAGAGGCCAGGUAAGUUACCUAAGGCAACUGAUGUGGAAUUGGGAUGCAACCGAGGUCUGUCUUCCUCCAUCAAUUUCAUGACUGUGAGAAUUAAGAGGAAACUUACAUGCAAAGUACCUGCCACACUCCCUAAUGUUUCCUUCCUUCCCUCUUUCCCCACUCCUUUCUUUCCUUCCUCCCUUCAGGAAGUUUGGGGGCUGAGACCCCAAAACACCCGGGUGCAAGCUUCCAGAUACUCUAAGGGGAGCAGUCUGAGGGCUGGCCCAGGGUUCCCUCCUCUCCCUCCACAGAGCCUAGGAUGCCCCUCUGCUGCGGCACCUCCUGAGCUCAUGGAGCCCUCAGCCACCCCAGGGACCCAGAUAGGGGUCCCCCCUGGCAGCAGGGAGCCAUCCCCUGUGCCUCCAGACUAUGAAGACGAGUUCCUCCGCUAUCUGUGGCACGAUUAUCUGUACCCAAAGCAGUACGAGUGGGUCCUCAUCGCAGCCUAUGUAGCUGUGUUCCUCGUGGCUCUGGUGGGCAACACGCUGGUCUGCCUGGCCGUGUGGCGAAACCACCAGAUGAGGACAGUCACCAACUACUUCAUCGUGAACCUGUCUCUGGCUGAUGUCCUGGUGACCGCCAUCUGCCUGCCGGCCAGCCUGCUAGUAGACAUCACUGAGUCCUGGCUCUUUGGCCAUGCCCUCUGCAAGGUCAUCCCCUAUCUACAGGCUGUGUCUGUGUCAGUGGCAGUGCUGACUCUCAGCUUCAUCGCCCUGGACCGCUGGUAUGCCAUCUGCCACCCACUAUUGUUCAAGAGCACAGCCCGGCGGGCCCGCGGCUCCAUCCUGGGCAUCUGGGCUGUGUCACUGGCUGUCAUGGUGCCCCAGGCUGCAGUCAUGGAAUGCAGCAGUGUGCUGCCUGAGCUAGCCAACCGAACACGGCUCUUCUCUGUCUGUGAUGAACACUGGGCAGAUGACCUCUAUCCCAAGAUCUACCACAGCUGCUUCUUUAUUGUCACCUACCUGGCCCCACUGGGCCUCAUGGCCACAGCCUAUUUCCAGAUAUUCCGCAAGCUCUGGGGCCGCCAGAUCCCUGGCACCACCUCAGCACUGGUGCGGAACUGGAAGCGGCCCUCAGACCAGCUGGGGGACCUGGGUGGAGAGCCCCAGCCCCGGGCCCGUGCCUUCCUGGCUGAAGUGAAGCAGAUGCGUGCGCGGAGGAAGACAGCCAAGAUGCUGAUGGUGGUACUGCUGGUCUUCGCCCUCUGCUACCUGCCCAUCAGUGUCCUCAAUGUCCUUAAGAGGGUGUUCGGGAUGUUCCGCCAAGCCAGCAACCGCGAAGCUGUCUACGCCUGCUUCACCUUCUCCCACUGGCUGGUGUACGCCAACAGCGCUGCCAACCCCAUCAUCUACAACUUCCUCAGCGGAUAAAAAGAGAAAGCCACAGACUUGGCCAGACACGCUCCGUCUGCCACCGAGAUGACUUUAAGGCUGCCAAACCCUGAGCCUUGUUGCCAGAGCAGGACGUGGAACACAGUCUCAAGUGCUACUCUGCUGAGGAACAGGGACAUCUGGCAGGGGCCAGCUCUGCUAUGCACACCACCAGGUCUGCUUAACUUGAUUAAUGGAGCUGCGGGCUCCCUCUGACCUCCCCUGUCAAGAAGGUAGGCAGAGCCUUGGUGCUGCCAGGGGCCCAGCUCAGGAGUGCUGAAGCACUGCUCUCUUAGGCACACCGCUUUACCCAGAGCAGGUGGAAUGUGUGGUCUAAGGACGACACCUGCUCUCCACAUGACUCACCAGCCCAGCCCUCUGUGGAUGGGGCAGAGCCCCAGCAGCUGCCAGGAGGAUGGGCUCUCCUGCCCAUUCCACACUCCCAGUGGCCUUAGGACCCAAAGCUGUUGGCACAGUGCAUAGGUAGGCUUGGAGGUGAGUGUGCAGGAUGAGGUGUGAGGGCUGGCCCCCAAACUCAGAACCAACCAUCAUGCUCACAAGAUCAAUGCAGGUCUUGGGCUCGUCAGCCUCAGCUGAGCACAAAGAUGAGAGACUGCAAUUGGCAGCAUCGGUUUCGGCAGACACUUGGUUCAGUGGGAACAAAGAAACAACAGGUGCUGCUUCCGACGGCUGCAGUUCUACCCCACGCUCUGCUGCCUGAACCCAGCACCAUGGAGGCCUCGGCCCUCCACUCUGGGGGACUUGAAUGAACUGAAGAAAACUCAGCGGAGGUGACCAGGAUGCUGAGCGGGGGGAGAUGCUCAGCAAGGGAAUGCUCAAGAGCCCACGGCUACCUGGCCUAGGGAAGGGAGGACUUGGGGACAAUGUGGCAUAUAGAGCAGGCUCCACUAUGAAGGGGGUUAGCAUGCAGAAAGGGUGACGUAUGUCCUGGGUGGCCCCCAGAGAAAACCACAGCCAAUGGUGGGGUUUUCAAGAUGGCAGGAUUUAGAAUCCACAUCAGGAAGAUGUUUCUGCCAGUCAUGGAGGAAACGGGUUGCCUGGAAAGGCACUGAGUUCUUUGCCACUGGAGGUUGGAAGCAGACGCCAGACUCACAGGGAGGGGGUCUGAAGGGGAUUUUAGCUCUGGAUGGGGGCUAGCCUCUGGGAACUGGAUUCCAUCUAAUGCUGGGAUUCUAGCACUACAGCAGCCCAGAGGAGAAUGCAGCUGACCUGGCUGAGCCCGACACACCUGCUGGGCCUCACUGACCUGCAAAACAGUCAGUUACUUCCAACUAUCCACUGCAGGGAGGAGAGCCCUGCGCAGGGCCUCAGAGCUCUUAUCUUUAUCUCAAAAAGCCAAAAGAUAAUCACCAUUACCCAGUAUAA